AUGAGGUGCUGCGUCCCAGGUUGUAAAAGUGACUCAAGAUACAGUCUUAAGUCGCUGGGUAUCACUUUUUAUAUGUUGCCCAGUGAACCAUCUCUGAGAAAUGCAUGGUUCCAAGUUCUUGGGAUAGAGGAACCUUGGAAACCGAACGAAAGACCUGCCGUAUGUUCAGAACAUUUCCUUUGUGAAGAUCUCUUUCAAGACAAGAGUGGUCUACUGACACUUAGAGUCGAUUCUGUGCCUUUUACUGUACAGGUAUGCAGAAUAUGUUUAGUUAUGGGCACCAAGCUGUUUUCCAUCAGGGAAUACAAAUUAGAACAGGCCUAUGAACAACUAACAGGAGUCUCGUUAUUGUCGGAAAACUGCUUACCGCAUGAAUUAUGCGCGGAAUGUGCGCAGAGACUUAUAAACUUUAGCCGAUUCAGACACAAAAGUUUGAAAGCCAACUCUCUUAUGAUGGAGCUACUUAACAAACACAAGGAGAUAACAGAACUCAAUAUACAGUCAAUAAGUAGAGAAAACAACCAAUUAAUAUCAAAUCUAACAACAGCAACUAUUAUCGACCAUUAUGACUUUUGCAUCGAAGAAGUCGAUGAUGAAGAAGUUGAAAUUAUACCAGAAGAAGUGAAACCAGUGGUCACACCUGACUUAGAUACUACGAUAAACGCUGAAGAGAAUAAUGAAGAUGUAGAAGUAAACAAUGAUAUAUUGACAAGCAACUAUGAUGAAUCCGAUGUCAAAGAUGAUGAUUAUUCCACGGAUAAUAGUUCACUUUUAGAAGAAACCAAGAAGAAAGGUGUAAAAUAUAUUCAAUACGAAAAGGAUGACGAGAAUGAAGAAGCUAUAAACAAUAUAGUUUUAAAUAAAAACAAUGAAUCCGAUGUUAUAGAUGAUAAUAGUUUCUCUGAUAAUAGUUUACUUUUAGAAGAAACUAAGAAAAGUAAAGAGUAUAGGCGAAAUGCGAAGGUUAAAACUAAUAACCGUGCAGAAACAAAAGUGGAUGGUCAGAAGAAAACGCUUUUAGAUGAAAUCUUGAAAAUUUUCACUGUCACCGAUUUGACUUUAAAAGAACAAUUGGCGGAUAUAGAAAAUAGGAAAGAGAGUUUGAAUUAUAAAAAUAGUCCAUUCAAGGCGUCACAUCGCGACGGCGGCGGCGGGCAGGGCGGUGGCCGGCCGUUUGCUACUCAAAUUUUCGCGCGGUUUCUGAAAACGGGACAAUUUUGCGUCCCACAGUCCAUUUCGGGGACACCGGGACCCGUAAUUGGAAAACGGGGCAGUCCCGUUCAAAACGGGACGUCUGGUCACGUUAAGUAUGUACAACUUUCUAACGGAAAGCAGAUCUGA